AGUAGUUUUACUUCUAUACCCCCAUCGUUCAAGCGCCAGAGUUCUAACAUCCUAGCUAGGGUUCAUCACGACUCCGCGAUUUUUCUCUCCACCUCUUUAAUCCUCCGAUUCCAGGUACGAUAAAUGUUCGAAGUAAUCCGUUUUUCCUCGAGUUAUGCCUUGCGAAUUUAAGGCUAGUUGCUUGGGAUAGUCUUUGUGCGUCUUUGCCUGGCGAUUUCAUUUGCUAUAGUUAUCAAAACAAUAAAUUUGCUUAAUUUCUAAUCUGUAUUGUGCUCUUCUGAAGAUUUGAGCUUUGUCUUUCGUGACUAGAAUCUACAACUUUAUUUAUUUAUUUAUUUAUUAUUAUUAUUAUUUUUUUUUUGGGGGGGGGGGGGGGGGAGUUUGAUUUAGCAAAAAUAUGUGCAACUCUUCUCUAAUGCAAAAGUUAUGUUUAUGGAGUUCGAUUUGUAGUUGGUGUCUUGGUGAUGUGUAACGUCGCGGAUGCUCACAGAUGAACAUCGGAUCAGGCAGUGGAUGAUUCAUAAUGGCGGAAAUUAAGUCAUCUGGGAGGCCAAUUGAUCAAUUGUUGGAGAAGGUCUUGUGCAUGAAUAUACUUUCUUCUGAUUACUUUCGUGACCUAUUGAGAUUGAAGACAUACCAUGAAGUCAUUGAUGAGAUAUAUGUUACUGUGACCCAUGUGGAGCCAUGGAUGACUGGUAAUUGCCGUGGUCCGUCAACUGCUUUCUGUCUUCUUUACAAGUUCUUCACCAUGAAACUUACAGUCAAGCAGAUGCAUGGCCUGUUGAAGCACUCAGAUUCUCCUUACAUAAGAGCGGUUGGAUUUCUUUACUUAAGGUAUGUAGCUGAUCCAAAGACAUUGUGGAGUUGGUAUGAACCAUACCUAAGAGACGAUGAGGAAUUCUCUCCUGGUUCUAAUGGCAAGAUGACAACAAUGGGUGUCUAUGUGCGUGAUCUGCUUCUUGGACAGUAUUACUUUGACACACUUUUCCCCCGGAUUCCUGUUCCUGUUAUGCGUACUAUUAUAGCCAAUCUUGAAAAUAUGAAAUUACCUACAAAACACUGUGGUGUUACUGGUGAGACCACACGCGGAUCUGAGGAGACUGCCAGAAGGCCCCCUUCAGUCAAAGCAGCCCUUUCUGUCUCUUUUGGACAGCGUGCUCCUCACCGUGCAUCUACAAGGGAUUCAUCUCCUGUCCGUCGAACUGUUAAUCCAUCUUAUGACAGAGCGGAUGAUUCAAGACGAUCCCCCAGUCGCCACCGCAGCCAGAGCCGUGAUUUAUCUGACCGAGAAUAUUCCGACAGAGACAGGGGCAGAGAAAAGGACAGGGAUCAUGACCGAGAUCGAGAUAGGGAGCAUAGGGAGAGAGUGCGUGAUAGGGAUAGAGAGAGAGAUAGGAGGUAUGAUUAUGAUAGAAGGUCCCGUGAAAGCUAUAGAAGGGAUCAUGAUAGGAGUAACCGAGAUGAACUGUAUCAUAGAGGUAGUUCCCACCGGAUUCGGAGUCGGAGUCGGAGUCGGAGCCGGAGCCGGAGCCGGAGCCGGAGCCGAAGUCAAAGCAUUUAUGAACAAAGUGGACAGGACCAAAGUCGUUCUAGUCCCUCUGGACAUGGAAGCAAGGACAAGAUGUCUGUCUCUAGUAAUCUUGCCAAGCUCAAAGAUCUAUACGGCGACUUGAGCAGUCAAAAGGAAGAUGCAGGCAAGGACAAGGAUCAUGGCAAGCCUAGUGGCACUGAGGAGGUGAUUAGACUUGGUGGUUCUACGUGGAGGUAGGAUUUAAGCAAUUGAAGUCUGCAUCUUCAUUUAGUUUGGUGCUGUAUUUCGAACCAGUUUAACAGUAGAGAUAAAUGAGUUCAGUUCUGAUCAUAGCAGCAAGGUAUGUCAUUCCGCCAGUCUUCUUCUACUGCCAUGAUAUCUAUGAUUAUACCUUGAAUCAUAUUCGGAUAUUCCUGUACAUUAUAAAUCCGUUACAAUUGAUUAAUAGCAUAAUUUAAGACGAAAAA